AUGGGAAACUGUUGUGCGGUGGAGUCGUCGAUGGAGUGGGCUGGGGAAGACUGGGGUUCUUAUUCUUCUAAGCAUAAGGGUAAGAUGGGUUCAAGCAAGGUGUUUGAUGAAGUUCAUGGGUUGAGUUUUGAGAACGUGGAGAAAGAAAGGCUGCUUUUAGGUUCGCUGAGACGAGCUUCUUCUGAUCAUGUCAAUGGGAAGGUGAAGAUAAAGAUCUCAAAGAAGGAGCUAGCGGAAUUGUUGGGAGGGAAAGAGAAGAAGCAAGUUGUUGCAGGACAUGCUACUGCAGAACAAGUUCUUGUUCGAUUGAUAAACGCCAGAUAUCAUGUGAAUGAACAUCAUGAUGCUCAUCAUAGGUCGUGGAAGCCUGUGCUACAAGGUAUUCCCGAGGUUAAUUAA